CCAGACUCAGCCAGGGGGCCCCGAUGAGGUAGGAGGUAGUUCCUGUCGGGGUCCCAGUCCCGGGGUCAUGGGAGGAGGGCCGGACGCACCCCAUGAGACAUCCACCAAGACUCCAUCCUGCUGGGUGCUUGUCGAAUUUCCGUGCCUACUAGGUGAUGCCCUGCGGGGGCGGGAGGAGCCACCGUUGGAGAUGCCCCUCCCCGGAAUUGUGCCUUCAGCCCCCACCUGAAAAGUGAUUAUAAGGGCAUGGCUUCCCCACAGUGCUCCUGUGAGGGGCGUGGGCAUCUGACCCCCCUGCCUCGGCCCCUGCUAGUGUACAGACGUCGGGUGGCUGCGGUGCCUGGCAGCUGGUGGGCGGCGAAGAGCAGAAUUCUGAUCCCAGCUCCUUCGGUGCCCCUCUGCCAGCAUCUCGCCUGCUCUGAGCCCUCAGUUUAUCCAUCUGUAAAAUGAAAGGGUGCUUGGAAGAACAGGUAGUAGAGUUUUUCAUCAAACAAAUGAAACAUAUCACAGAACUUUGUUAAGAUGGAUAAUUCUGCACAAAAAGACCAAGAACCUGGCAAAACACAUUCCAGAACUGUCAACAAAAUACAGAAAGGUUUUACUGCUGCAUAUCCAACACAGUCCUCCAUUCCUUCUAAAUAUACGUCUACAAUAAUUAACGAAUCAGAAAAAAAAGGAUUUAAUAGCCAAGCCAAGAGAUUUUAUUAUAAAAAGGAUGAUAUCCCGGGUCCUGGGUCCUACAACGUCACUCACCAAUCUCCAGUGUCCAACAGUGUCUCGUUGUCUAAGAAAGGGACGUGCACUUUCCCCUCUACGCGUGCCCGACUGGAUACCAUCAUUUGUAAAUAUCCUGCAGCUAACGCGUAUACUCUUCCGUCAUGCUUUGUUUCGAAGAAGGACUUCAGUAAUUCCUGUUCCAGGGCGUUCCAGUUGCCAAGCUUUGCAAAAGUUCUCAAGUUUGAAACUCCUGCACCAAACCAUUAUAAUGCCUCCGUCUCUUACUGCAAGGAGAGAAACAACGUCAGUGCCCGAGCCGGGUUUGUGUCCAAAACCCAGAGAGGAUUUUUCACUACCACCGAAAAAGGACCUGCCCCAGGGCAAUAUAAUAUCAACGAAUCCCUUGUGAAGCAGUCGCCAAAGAUAUUAAUGUCCUGUUUUAAAUCAAAAACUGGCCGUGGAUUAAAACUGACAUCAACAGUCCCGGGACCUGGUCAUUACAACCCAAAUGAUCACACCAUAAUUCCGAAAAAGCCUCUUAUCCCGAGAAACCCCAUCCUGAAAUUCCCCGCCCAUCUUUUGCCUCUGCCCCCGAAGCCACCUGUCCCAGGCCCUGGUCAGUACGAGAUUGUGGACUACACGGGGCCCGCCAAGCAUUUCGUCUCCAGUGCAUCGUUUGUGUCCAACACCCGCCGGUGGACAGCGGCGCCGGCCGAGCCCGGCCUGCCCGGCCCAGCCACGUACAAGCCGGAAUUCCCUGGAAAGCAGUCCUUUCUCUACAACGAGGACAACAAGUGGAUCCCAGUAUUGUAGUGGCCUCACGGGGCCACGGGGAAGCCUGGCCGCCAGCCGCCCCAGCCACGUGCCCAGGCAGUUCUCAGAGAACUUCUA